CGAGGUCAUUAAUUUCGUAAAUUUGCUCUACUACAUAGAGAUGAAACCUUUCACUCAAAAGUGAAUCUAAGAGAUCAAAACCAAACAUGAAUCUAAGCUCCAUGCUCAAGGAUCUAGAGGAGUUGACAUGGAAUGCGAAGCAAAUACAAGACAAUGUCUUGGAGGAAAUACUCAGAGUUAGCUCCAACACAGAGUAUCUUGGACGGUUUCUCCACGGGAGCUCCGAUAAAGAGUUGUUCAAGAAGAACGUACCUGUGGUGAGCUAUGAUGACGUUAAGCCUUAUAUCGAGCGUGUCGCAAACGGAGAACCCUCCGAUGUAAUUACCGGUGCACUCGUCACUCAUUUCUUCCUAAGCUCUGGAACUACAGGAGGGAAACAAAAGUUCUUCCCAGUGAACAACAUGUUCUAUGAGAAAAUGCUAUUCGUAGCUGCUCUACGCACCUCCAUUAUUUACAAGCAUAUCAAAUGUGUCAAGCAAGGAAAGGAGAUGAAGUUUCUUCACACUAGACCGAUAACCACAACUCCCUCUGGUUUGCCCGUUGGUCCUAUGGUGGCGAGUUUCUUAUUAAGCAGUUAUCUCAAGAACUUGUCUUCAGAAGGUUAUACUAGUCCCGACGAAGUCAUAUUAUGUCCCGACGACAAACAGAGCAUGUACUGUCAUCUUCUAUGUGGUCUUGUCCAGAGAGAAGAGGUCGCAAGUGUCUCAGCUACUUUUGCUUGCAGCCUAGUCCAAGCGAUCACUCUUCUUGAACAUCACUGGAAAGAAUUGUGUGAUAACAUCCGAUCUGGUCAUGUUAGCGACUGGAUCACCGACCCUAGUUGCAGAGACGCUGUCUCCGCCAUUCUUGGAGGACCAAAUCUUGAACUGGCAGAUCUGAUUGAGCAUGAAUGCAGUCAAGAGACAUGGGAAGGUAUCAUCACACGGUUAUGGCCUAACAUUAAAUUCAUUCAAUGCAUUGUUACAGGACAGAUGAGCCAAUAUAUUCCAAUGUUAGAGUUUUACUCCAACAAAUUGCCUCUCAUCUCCCCGAUGUAUGGCGCUUCUGAAGCAUUGUUUGGGAUAAAUGUUGAUCCUCUAUGCGAACCACAAGAUGUGGCUUAUACAUUUUUGCCCAACAUGUCCUACUUCGAGUUCCAAGAGGAAGGAAACAACGAUGAGAUCAUUGAUCUCGUGGACGUCAAGUUAGGGUGUUUCUAUGAGCCCUUGGUCACAAAUCAUCACGGCUUGUACAGAUAUAGAAUGGGAGAUAUUCUACAAGUGACUGGGUUCUACAAUAGAUCACCUCAAUUUAGGUUUGUACGCAGAAAAAAUAUGGUUCUAAGCGUCCACGUGGAGACAACAACUGAAGAAGAUGUUUUAAAGGCGUUGAGUCGUGCGACACACGUUAUUGAAUCUUCAGGUUUAAUGUUGAUGGGGUUCACAUGCUAUUCUGAUAUCUCCACUCUCCCAGGUCAUUAUGUUAUUUACUGGGAGCUUAAAGCCAAAAACAAUGAUGUCACUGUUAAGCUUGAUGACAAGCUAAUGGUUGAAUGUUGUUGCGUGAUGGAAGAAUCAUUCAAUGCUCUGUAUAGGAGAUUAAGGAGUAAGCAUGACUCCAUUGGGGCUCUAGAGAUAAGGGUGAUGCAAGAAGGAACGUUCUAUUCUCUCAUGGAAUACUUCAUCUCACAGGGUGCUUCGAGGUCUCAAUACAAGACACCUAUAUGCAUAAGCUCUCCUCAUGUUUUAGCAAUUCUCGAAGAAAAAGUUAUUUCUCGGUACUUCAGCGACAAAACUCCUCCUCUCUGAUCAUCAUCAGAUAUGGUCUAGUUCUACCACAAUGACCCACAAAAACAACCAGAGCACAUAAUUGGAGAAUAAGGAAGAUACAAAGUUAUUAUGUGAGAUUAGCGCUUAUUUCUUGUUGAGAAAUUGGUGGUUAAGUGUGUGAUUUGUGUAUUUCAUAUAUGAUUUUAUCAAGAAUAAAGCUCCACUCGUUACAAGAUUAUUGACACAAUAUUCAUA